AUGGCACUGGGACUUGCAAUACAAGAAGGAGAAUGUGGAGCCACAAUUGUUUCUGGCAACACUAAAGAUUUCUCUCACCUGGUUGAUUUUGCUAUUUGGGAUUGGUGUUGGUGCCUUUCACCUAAUCGCUCAUCCAAGGAUGGGAAGCAACUGUGCCGUUGGCUUGGUCCAAGUUUUACUAUUGGAGCAGCUCUUUGUUUUGCUGUUGCUAUUGCCAAUGGACAAGUACUACAACGAAUGUCAGUGAUUCCUCUGUCAGCCGAAGAGCGAAACAGUGAACCAAUGGAAGAGAAAAAGAAAGAGUUUAUGGAAGACCUGAAGAAGAAUCUGAAGAAGAAGGCUGAUGGAUAUGCACAAUAUGAAGAUCACCCACAAGAAGAUCCUCGUCACAAGAUUGAAGAUGAUUUUGAAGAGCCGCCAGAUCAAGAAUCAGAUCCUGUUGAGUUCGACAAAUAUGUCUCUGCAAAAGUAUCGUCUAAUGCAGAUGGAGUUGAGACUUUUGGAGUCGUUCAAGGUCGGAAGUGUGACUCAUCUGGAGCACUGAUUGGUCACUACCACGAGAAUCCACACCUUGACACAUCUAUCUAUCAAGUGGAGUUUGAGGAUGGAAAAGUGGAAAGCUUCUAUGCAAAUCAGAUUAUUGAAGGAAUAAGGAUGAAUGUCGACAAUGAAGGUAACACGAUGUACCGGAUUUGCAAAUUUAUUGAUCAUCAACGUGAUGGACGAGCAGUUAGAGGGGACGAUGGAUGGUAUACUACCUCCAGCGGUCUCAAGCGUCCACAAAAGACAACCAAAGGAUGGAAAUUAUUAGCUGAAAUGAAAGGUGGAGAAACCGAAUGGCUUGACCUAUCAGUAGCAAAAGAAGCGUUUCCUAUCAAGGUCGCUGAAUAUGCUGUUGCAAACAAGCUUGUGUCAGAGCCUGCCUUUACGUGGUGGGUUUCCUACACUUUGAGAAAGCGUGAUCGAGUUUGGAAAGCUGUUAAGCGCCGUGCUGUGAAAAGACAGAAGCCAGAAAAGUUUGGUAUUGAAGUGCCUGGUCCUGGGCCCAAAGGUGUUGCACGUGCGUAUGAACUUGAUGCUGAGAAUGGUACCUCACAUUGGAGUGAUGCCUUGAUUAGAGAAGUGAAGACAAUCCUACCAGCUGUGACGAUUCUGGAAGAAGAUGAAGAUGUUCCCGUUGGGUACCAGCUCAUUGAGCUUAUAACUGUUUUCAAUGUCAAGAUGGAUCUCACACGGAAGGCACGAAUAUGUGCUAGAGGGGACCAAACGGAUCCUCCAAUGUCUGUCACCUAUGCAAGUGUUGCGACAAGGGAAAGUAUUCGACUUGCUUUUGUUAUUGCUGCUUUGAAUGGUUUGAAUGUUUUGAGUGCUGACGUCUCCGGUGCAUAUCUGAAUGCCAAAUGUGCCAAGAAAGUUUAUUGUAUUUUAGGG